AUGGGGGCACCAGGACCUGAUGGUUUUCCCCCUGGUUUCAUUAAACAACAUUGGAACAAACUUGGUAAUGAUGUUAUUGCUCUUGUUCAGGGUUUUUUCUUAUCUAAAAAACUCCCUGCAGGCAUAAAUCAUACAUAUAUAUCUCUAAUACCAAAAGUUCCUAAGCCAACAUAUCCAACAGAAUUUAGGCUUAUUAGUUUAAGCAAUGCCACUUAUAAAAUCAUAUCAAAAAUCUUAACCAAUAGGCUUAAACCAAUGUUGGAUAGGCUGAUUAGUCAAAACCAAUCUGCUUUCAUUUCGAAAAGGAAAAUUACAGAUAACAUAAUAGUAGCUCAUGAGCUUCUACAUUCUAUGAAAACCAGAAGACUUAAGCAUGGUUCUUUUGCUCUUAAGCUAGACUUAUCAAAAGAUUUUGAUAGACUAGAGUGGGACGUUGUAGUUUUCAUGCUAAAAAGUUUUGGUUUUGAUAACUCUUUUUGUGAUUUAAUUUUUGAAUGUAUAUCUACUGGUCUUUCUAGACUCCUUGCUAAAUUUGAAGCUGAUGGUAAGAUUGAAGGUCUUAAAGCAGCUCAUUCUUCUCCACCAAUCACUCAUCUGUUGUUCGCAGAUGAUUUCUUUGUUUUUGGUAAGGCUAGCAUCACUCAGGUAAGACAUUUGCUUGAAGUUUUUAAUAUUUUCUGUUCUUCUAGUGGUCAAGCCAUAAACUUUCAGAAGUCUGGUAUAUAUUUCCCUCCCAAAUUUCAUCAUAAGCAUUGUAAAUUAAUUGCAAAUGUGUUGAAAGUUAAAAGAAUCUCUAAGGAUGACAGGUACUUAGGUACUCCAUUGUUUUUUCAUAGAGCUAAAACCUUGAACUUUGAUCCUCUACUUGAAAAAACCUAUGCUAGACUUAGAGGAUGGAAAUCAAAGCUUCUAUCUCAAGCGGGAAGUACCAUUUUAAUCAGUUCUGUUACUUCUGCUUUUCCAACUUUUCAAAUGAGUUUCACUGAAUUUCCUGACAAAACUUUAGCUAAAAUGGACAGGUUACAAAGAGAUUUCUGGUGGAACAAAUCUGAUCAAAAAAAUCGGGUUUAUUCCAAAGAUUGGAAAUCUAUUUGUAUUCCUAAGUCCCAGGGGGGUUUGGGACUUAGAAAUCCAAAAAAAUUCAAUGUUUCUAUGCUUACUAGACUUACUUGGAGAGUUAUUUCUAAUCCUAAUGCUCUGUGGGUCAAGGUGUUAAAGUCUAAAUAUUUUAAAAACACUAACCCUCUUUUAAAAUCUAGGAGAACUACCAUUUCUUGGAUCUGGUCUAGUAUUAGAACAGGUAUGGAAAUUUUAAGAGAAAAUUGUAUUUUGGAUCUGUCUUUGCAUUCUAACUUAGACAUUUGGUCUGAAAGAUGGAUUCCAAAUGCAGAAUUCCCUAUACAUCCAACUGUUAUAGAAGAAGAAACACCUAUGAAGAUUAAUGAUUUAAUUACAGAUAAUGGGCAUUGGAAUGUUGAUAUUCUAAAUACCUAUUUUGCACCAUAUAUUGUUCAUAGGAUUCUUACUUUACCUGUGCCUAAUGCAGAAGUUGAUGAGCUUAAAUGGUUACAUACUAAGGAUGGUGUACCUAGUGUUAAAUCUGUAUACAGGGUAUUGACUAAGGAUUUAGGUGAUCAUAACCCAAUUUGGAAAAAAAUCUGGAAAUUAAAAUGUCAACCUCGAGUACAGUUAUUCCUUUGGAAACUUUAUUCUGAUGCUUUGCCUUUUAAUAGUAGACUAGCAAGACAUACCAAGAAAGCUUCUCCCUCUUGUUGUUUGUGCACUUGCGGUCAGAAUGAAGAUGCAAUCCAUCUUUUUAUAAACUGUCCUUUUGUUACUGCUAUAUGGUUUGGGCUUGGUUUAACUCCUUUAUUUGCAGGAUCUAACUAUACUACUAUGCAUGGAUGGAUUGAUUAUCUUUUUCAUAAUUAUAAUAAAAUUUUGGUAGGAAAAGCAACAUAUGUUAUGUGGUCUGUUUGGAAACAUAGAUGUGAUGUUAUAUUUAAGAAACUUAGACCGAAUAAAACUAUGCUUGUAAAAGAUAUUUCCUUCCAGCUUUCUUGCAUUGAAAAAAAAGGCAUUUCAAUUGACAAGAUGUCUGUUGUGGAUAAUCGUACUGAUUUGCAGAGUCUAUUUAGAAAGAACAAGAAAAUUAUACUAAUUGAUGCAUCUUUUGAUCACUUGACAGGUAGAUAUGGAACUGCCUCGAUCCUCAUGGAUGAUAAUGGGGAAUGUCAACAUGCAAGAGCAUCGUUUGGUUUGACUACUGGACCUGAGGAGGCAGAGUGUAUUGCUCUCAAGGAUGCAAUUGGAUGGGCUUUGAUGGUAAAAGCUAUUUCUGAUAUCAUAUUUGUUGGCGACUGCGUUUCUGUGAUUCAGUCAUUUAAGGAUUUCAAUAUCAAUUUAGGACGGAGAGGAAAGAAAAUUAUGAGAGUCUGGCAAGCCAUGUAUGGCUGUUUUAGGAAUUGUGUUUCAUGUUUUCUUAGUAGAGAUAAUAUAUGGAUAAUAGAUACUCAUGCUAAAGGUAUUAAGAGCUCUACAGUUUCAAACUUCACUACUUUAAAUAUGUCACACGGUGACAAGGAUAAUUUCUUUCAAGCUUUAUGUAAUGGGCAGUGCCCUAGUUUAAUCUAA